CAGACCCCGCCGCGCCCGGACGGGACCCUCCGCCCCGCCCUCUCCCUGCGGCCGGGCUUCCGGAGCCGGCGCCGGGGAGCUCGGGGCCUGCUGGGUCGCGGGCCUGGUGGGCGACCCCGGCCCCUCGCGGCUCCGAGCGGGCGACGCGCGGGGAGGCUGUGCGUGCUGGCGGCGGCGGGCGCCCGGGGCCUCCGGAGCUGCGGACAAAGGCGAGGCCGGCUGCCCCUUCGCCCCCCCCCCCGCCAGGAAGUCUCCUUUUUCUGCCCGUAGUCAGGGUGGGGGCGGUGCUGACCGGAGGCUGGACUCCGGAUGCCCGGCGGAGGCCGCUGCGAGAAUGCCCCAGGCCCCCUUUUGUGUCUUCUCGGGACCAGGGCCGGCCCCUUCAGUUCAGUGGUGCCUGGGGAGGCCCAGGGGCCCGUCCAGGCCAGGCGCCUGCCAGGGGGGUUCCUGCCCUACCCAGGAGUUUGUCUGCCCACCUUUCCAGGGCCCUAUGUCGGGGAGAGAAGGAAAGAGUUAAUUAGACCCUCGGUGCACAUGGCCCCUUAUUUACCAGGAUAAAGGGGGGAGGCCCUUCUCUGAGCCGGGGGUCAGUCCUGGACACCCUGUGGUGUCAUUGAGGAAGGCACUGGAACCCCAUAGGUUUGCUGAAGCUCCUGAAAUGACAGUUAAAAAGAAACCUGAAGUGAACAUCGUUCUCACUGGCCGGCUCAGCAGCGCAGUUCCUGCUUUAGGUGAGGCCAGCACUUCGCCUCCUCUCCUGACAGCUGCCUGCAGUGGGAAACUGGAGCAGCACACAGAACGGCGUGGCGUCAUCUAUAGCCCGGCCUGGCCCCUCAACUACCCGCCGGGCACCAACUGCAGCUGGUACAUCCAGGGUGACCGUGGCGACAUGAUCACCAUCAGCUUCCGCAACUUUGACGUGGAGGAGUCCCACCAGUGUUCCCUGGACUGGCUCAUGCUGGGCCCAGCGGCCCCACCCCGCCAGGAGGCCUUCCGGCUCUGUGGCUCUGCCAUCCCGCCUGCCUUCAUCUCCGCCCGGGACCAUGUCUGGAUCUUCUUCCACUCUGAUGCCUCCAGCUCCGGCCAGGCCCAGGGCUUCCGUCUCUCAUACAUCCGAGGGAAACUAGGCCAGGCGUCCUGCCAGGCAGACGAGUUCCGCUGUGAUAAUGGCAAGUGCCUGCCGGGCCCAUGGCAGUGCAACACUGUGGAUGAGUGUGGCGAUGGCUCUGAUGAGGGCAACUGUUCAGCGCCUGCCUCCGAGCCACCCGGAAGCCUGUGCCCUGGGGGCACCUUCCCCUGCAGUGGGGCACGCUCCACGCGCUGCCUGCCUGUAGAGCGGCGCUGCGACGGCACGCAGGACUGCGGCGAUGGCUCCGAUGAGGCUGGCUGCCCUGACCUGGCAUGUGGCCGGCGGCUGGGCAGCUUCUAUGGCUCCUUUGCUUCCCCAGACCUGUUUGGUGCAGCCCGAGGGCCCUCGGACCUUCACUGCACAUGGCUGGUGGACACACAAGACACGCGGCGUGUGCUGCUGCAGCUGGAGCUGCGGCUGGGUUAUGACGACUACGUGCAGGUGUACGAGGGCCUGGGUGAGCGUGGGGACCGCCUGCUGCAGACGCUGUCCUACCGCAGCAACCACCGGCCCGUGAGCCUUGAGGCUGCUCAGGGCCGCCUCACUGUGGCUUACCAUGCCCGCGCCCGCAGCGCUGGCCACGGCUUCAAUGCCACCUACCAGGUGAAGGGCUACUGCCUCCCGUGGGAGCAGCCGUGUGGGAGCAGCAUCGAGGGCGACAUGGGUGACACAGGUGAACAGGGCUGUUUCUCGGAGCCACAGCGCUGCGAUGGCUGGUGGCACUGUGCUAGCGGCCGAGAUGAACAGGGCUGCCCCGCCUGCCCUCCGGACCAGUACCCCUGCGAGGGUGGCAGCGGCCUGUGCUACACACCUGCUGACCGCUGCAACAACCAGAAAAGCUGCCCUGAUGGCGCUGACGAGAAGAACUGUUUCUCCUGCCAGCCUGGCACCUUCCACUGUGGCACCAACCUGUGCAUCUUUGAGACGUGGCGCUGCGAUGGCCAGGAGGACUGCCAGGAUGGCAGCGAUGAGCACGGCUGCCUGGCAGCCGUGCCCCGGAAGGUCAUCACCGCCGCCCUCAUCGGCAGCCUGGUCUGUGGCCUGCUGCUCGUCAUCGCCUUGGGCUGCGCCUUCAAGCUCUACUCACUGCGCACGCAGGAGUACAGGGCCUUUGAGACGCAGAUGACACGCCUCGAGGCUGAGUUUGUGCGGCGGGAGGCACCCCCGUCCUAUGGGCAGCUCAUUGCCCAGGGCCUCAUUCCACCUGUGGAGGACUUCCCUGUCUACAGUGCAUCCCAGGCCUCCGUGCUACAGAACCUUCGCACAGCCAUGCGGCGACAGAUGCGCAGGCAUGCCUCCCGCAGAGGACCCUCCCGCCGCCGGCUCGGUCGCCUGUGGAACCGGCUCUUUCACCGGCCGCGGGCACCGCGAGGACAGAUCCCACUGCUGACUGCUGCGCGCACCUCACAGACAGUGUUGGGUGACGGGCUCCUCCAGCCUGCACCAGGGGCCGCCCUGGACCCCCCAGCACCCCUUACGGACACAGGCAGCGCUGGGGCAGCUGGAGAUGGGUCCCCCAGUGCCCCCGUCCAUACACCAGAGGUGGGACCUUCUGUGCUGCCCCCCUUGAGCCUGCAGGACCCAGAGUACAGGCCAGUGGACAAGGACAGAAAGGCCUGCAGGGACCCUCUGAUGGACAGCCCAGCUUCUGUGGACACGCCUCGGGAGCCCUGCUCGGCCCAGGACCCUCACUCCCUAGCCCCCACUGCCGGCAGCACCCUAGGCCCCCACCCACCAGAGCCACUGGGUGUCUGCAGGAGCCCCCCACCCCCCUGCUCCCCAACGUUGGAGGCCAGUGACGACGAGGCCCUGCUGGUCUGCUGACCCACCAGACGCGCUGGUGACUGCCACAGCCCCGCUUUGUAACCAGGGAAUAUACAGUUGUUUCUACCCUGCCUCUGCGUCCUUCU